CUUGAGAAUAUUCUUAGCUGAGUAAUUCUCAAGACUUGAGUUGAGAAUGUUCUCAAAUUUAUGUUCUCGCGAGACGGUUUUCGCGUAUUUUUUUCAAUGACUGAAGGGGUCUAGUGGAGCUCUUCUGUGUUAAAAAGGUUGAAAAUGUCCGUAUCUACUGUAAACAAAUGCGUAAUUUCCUCUGUCUUUUGUCGUCUGCUACCUGAUUAUUAUCAUGGAAACCGAAGAGAAAAAGCAGAGAGUGAGAGCUCAAAACUGGACAGCAGAAGAAGAAAUUGCGCUUAUAGAAAACGUCAAGGAAAGGUCCCUUACAUUGUUUGGCCCAAUAAAGGGAAGCGGGAUGAAGGGGAAAAUAAAGGAUAUUAGAGAGAAGGAAUGGAGUUGUAUUGCAGACAGACUAAAUUCUAUGUUUGACACAAAGAGAAGGGGUUUGGGCGAGAUAAAAAAGAAAUAUUACAACAUCAAAUCAAGAAGUAAAGAAAAAUUAGAUGGAGUUAAAAGACCAAAAACUGGAGGUGGUCCCCCCUUACCACCUCUUACUCUUGGUGAAGAGACAUUCCUUCGGCUCUCUGAUGGGGAGCCAAAUAUCCAUGGAUUGGAAGGUGGAGUUGACACUGAUGCUCCAGUUCAAUGUCAGUCCUCAUCGACAGCUGAAAUGUCUUGCUUAUCUGAACAAAGUACAUCAGAAGCAGUAGCAGAAAAGCUUGAAAAUUUGGACAAAGAAAAUGCAAAAGCAGUGGAAGAAAUCAGCAUUCAUGUGCCAGAACAUUCAGGAUGUAAAAAGAAUAAGCACAUCAAAAAAGAGAAAGAAUCCCAAAGAAGGUGUUUAGAAGAACUGGAAAGAGAAAACAUAACUCUCGAUAACCAAAGACUGCAGGAUGAGAUUGCUAAAAUAAGAGAAGAGAGAGAAGUUUUAGUUUUGAAGAAGGAGGUCCUUACUCUACAAAAGCAAAAAUUAGUUUUUGAAAUUCAGACAUCAUUCCCAUGUCUAGUGGAACAGUUGUCAUCACUGCCUGAAUGUUAAUGACAAUUUACACAUUAUAAUUUGAGAGAGAGAGAGAGAGAGAGAGAGAGAGAAAGGGGGAGAGAGAGAUUAAAAUGAUGUUACUUAGCAGAAAUAAAUUAUCAUAAAAUCAAA